AUGGCAGAAACCAAAGAAAAAAUGGCAGAAAUUGAGCAAGCUUCUCAAGCCCUCUUAGCUGAGUUGUCCACCAUGGAGAUGGAGUAUGCCAUCGAGAAGAGCUGCCGAGAGCAGGCGGAAGCCUUUGCCAUCCAGGUGAGCAGGGAGAACAAGAAGCUGCAGCGGAUCAGCCUGGCGCUGCUGCCGGGGCUGGCGCUCCACCAGGAAGACCCAGCGGGCUUGAGCGGCGGCGGAGAAGGCGCCGCUCCUGACUCUGCGCUGGAUCCGAUGGGCAGGUGCCUUCAGCAGGUCAAAGACCUUCAACUCAAGGUGUCAGGGCUGCUGGAGGAGAAGAAGGAAUUGACCACCCAGGUGAAGGAACUCCAGGCUCUUGUGGGAAGGCUCCAGCAUCAGCUAGAAGAGGAGUGUGCGGAGAAGCAGUCUCUGAAGGUUUUGAAGGAGCACAAUCAGAAGAUGCUGAAGAGGGUCAAGCGAGCAUCCCGUUUGGUCACCGAAGAGUAUGGCAGGAUGUCGCUGCAGUUGGACAUGGAGGAGAAACUGAGGCAGCAAGCAGAAAUCUUUGCCCGUCAGAUGCUGCUGAAGCAGAAGGAGGCCCACCGUCAGAGCCUGGUCCUGAUGCAGAAUGUGGGAGCGGAGGCCCAGCUUCUCCUGGCCUUGGAGGAUGUGGCCCAGAUGACCCGGCAGCUGGAGGAGACCAAGAUGGAGCACGAGGCCCAAGUGAAGGAUCUGGAGAGCCAGUUGGCGGGACGGCCACUGCCAGUGGAGCUGGCCAGGCUGCAGGCAACGUUGGCCACAGCAGAGGAAGGAAAGGCGCACCUGGAGGAGCGCCUUCUCCGGGCCGAGGAGAAAUGCGCCAGCCUGGAGCGAAAAGGUCAGAGGUUUGCUGGUCUGGCGUGGAGUCCAAGGAAUCUUCUUCCCCUCCUCCUCUCUGCAAGCCCCUGCAGCCCCCUGAUGGCCCUCCGGGAGAGGAAAGGCGCACAGCAGGCGAAAAGGGGAGACCUCCGCUCGGACGAGGCCGCGGCCAAAGCCCUGGAGGAGAUGAUGGCCCGGAUCAAGGGCGGAGUGGCGCUGCGGCCAGUGAGGCGGGGGGGCGAGUCCCCCUCCCAGCCCCCGUCUGCCGCGGUGAACAAGCGGAGGAGCGCGGCCGUGGAGCUGCAAGACCUGCUGAGUGCCACGAGCCGGCCACGGAAGCGAUCCAGCCGGCGUAAGGGCAGCCAGAAGAAGCAACUGGUGGACAAUCAGCUUGAGAAGCUCCUGCAGAGACGGCGGCGUAUAGUUGACCAAGCGCCGGUCCUGACCGAGCCCUCCGUCCCAGCUGCAGACCAGGGGCUCCUGCCUCCUGUCCCCGGGGCCAGGGGAGAAGACCACGCAGCUCCACCCGUGGGGCUCCCAAGGGGCCUCCAGCCCAACCAGUCAGAGUCCCCGGAGACUAGCAAAGGUCUACCAGGAGAAGCUGACCGGCUGACCGCAGGAGCCCCCGUGCACCCCAGGCCGAAGAUUGCCGAGGGCUUCUCCACGCUGCACACGGCCGCCCUGCAUGGCCGGCUGGACUGCAUGAAGAUGCUCAUCGAGAAAUACAACCUGGACAUCAACAUGGCCAGCCUGCGUGGCUGGAGGCCCAUCCACCUGGUGCUGGGCCCGGAGAGCAAGGGCACGGCCACCGAGUGCCUCCACUACCUGCUCAGCAAAGGCGCAGACGUCAACGUGCAGAAUUUCAACGGGGUGUCUCCCCUCCACAAGGCAGCCAGCGAGGGGCGCGAGAACUGUCUCCAGGCUUUGAUUGACGCUGGGGCCGACGUCCACAGCCGGGACAACGAGGGACAGAAACCCAUCGACCUGUGCAAAAUGUGGGGCCACAGAAGCUGCGCCAAGCGUCUCUCCCACGCCAUGUGGAAGGCGGACAAGAAGCACCAGCUGAGGCAGAUGUGCAAACUGGACUCCAUCAAAGCCGAGUGUGAGAUGAAGCAACGGCAGUUCCUUCAAAGGGAGCAGAGGGAGCUGAACAUCUGCAACAUGAUGGCCUUCGAGAGCUGGCUGGUGAAGAAGGGCCUGCCGUUGCCCACCGGCACCCUCUUAGGCCUGGCGCACGUCCAGCGCCACUCGCUGACCCUCCGCAAGGUGGCCGGCCAGAUAGCCAGCCCGGUCCCCUCCCUGGGCACCCUGCUGUGGGGCGAGCGCUCCGACUCCAUCCUCAGCAUGCAGCGGCGCUACCGGCGUCAGAAGCCCUGGAACCUCAGCACCAACCUGGACUCCGAGCCGGCGACUUCCAUCUCCCGGCCGCAGCUCAUCCGGCUGGGCGUGGAGGCCGAGAAGCAGCCGCCCCACGACUUCACCUCCUUCCUCUUCCUCUUCAAGGACCCUUUCGGCGAGCCGGUGAUCCAGAUUGACAACAUCGGCCGGGUGAGCAGCGUGCCCGACCUGCCCUACGAGGUCCUUUACCGGAGCCUCUACCCGCGCAGCUGGACCCCCCGCAUGGAGGUGCCCGGGGGACUCCGGCCGGUGCAGAUCUUUAACCUGAAGCACCGGCGUCCCCCGGGGCCCGAGCACUGGUGGACUGACCAAAUGGCCCUCAGCCUGCGGGUCACCCUGGACCCCGUCUUUCUGAGCACCCUCCGGACCCACGUCAACGCCUACGGCAGCGCUGAACUUCUGAGUCCCAGGACGGCAGCCUUCUACCUCAGCCAAGAACAAAGCGACAGCUGGGAGCCUCUGAGGUCCUCCGGACGGGCCCGGCAGCCUGACCAUCGCCAGAGCGGAGUCAGGUGUUGCGCCAGCCGGAGGCGCAGCGUCGACGUCUCUGACUUCCCACAUUCCAGGCACCGCCUCACCAAUUCUUUGCACGACAAUCUCGGUUCCUUCCCCGACCAGUCCGGUUUUCACCGACCCCGGCUUAAGUCCCUGAAGCUUCGGGGCGAGAUGCCGGCAGUCUUCGGGGCUGAACCCAGUUGGUCCUUGUCUCUGCAGCCUUCUGGAGAGGAACUCUCCCAGCAAAAUGCAGGAAGCCCCUUUAAUUCCUGGCUGGACAGCCUGGGUCAGCUCAGCAACUACGUCUUUAAGGAAUCCACUCCGCCCGGGGUCUCUCGGCAGAUUCCUCUCAAAAUCUGGACGAAUUCCGGCAGUGGGCAGCUGGUGAAAUGUUGCAUCCCUUCCUACCACGAAGAGGUGACGUGCCCUGCUUAG